UGGCAAACCCUUUCCCAACAAUGGAGAAAACAACAUAUCUAUCAUCAUUCCUUGAAGUGAUCCUCACUGUCAUAUUUCUCUCCUCUACACCCUCUUACGCACUUGUCGACACCGGCAUUAAUCCGCCAUUGAUCCCAAAAUCUCGACUCCUCAACGCCUACAUAGCCUUGAAAGCUUGGAAACAUGCCAUGAUCUCCGACCCCAAUGGAUUCGCUUCCAAUUGGUACGGUCCGAACGUCUGCAACUACACGGGAGUGUUCUGUGCACAGGCAACGGACGAUGCUUACGCUACCGUGGUGGCUGGAAUAGACUUAAACCACGCCAACAUAGCCGGCUCUUUACCCGAUGAGCUUGGCCUCCUCACUGACCUUGCUCUUUUCCACAUAAACUCCAACCGCUUCUACGGCACCCUACCCCAAAGCUUUAGGAAACUCAACCUUCUUUAUGAGCUCGAUGUUAGUAAUAACAGGUUUAGUGGAGAGUUCCCUCACGUUGUUCUAUAUUUAACGUCACUCAAAUUCCUCGACAUCAGAUUCAACGAAUUCAGUGGGAGAAUCCCAUCACAGUUGUUCGAUCUGAAACUCGAUGCUUUGUUCUUUAACGACAACAAGUUCCAGUCAUUGAUACCGGAUAAUUUUGGAAACUCGCCUGCGUCGGUUAUCGUGAUGGCGAACAACGGUCUCAGCGGUUGCUUUCCGUCGUCAAGUUUGGUGAAAAUGGCAGGAACUCUAAGGGAAAUUGUUUUGAUGAACAAUGAAUUUACAGGGUGUUUGAGACCGGAAAUUGGGGCUUUAAAGGGACUGACGGUGUUUGAUGUAAGGUCCAACAAGCUUGUUGGGCCAUUGCCGGAUGCUAUCGGGGAAAUGAAGAGCUUGGAGCUGCUUAAUGUGGCUAAUAAUAAACUAUCUGGUUAUAUUCCUCAAAGUAUUUGUUCGUUGCCAAAUCUUAAGAACUUCACCUUCUCCAACAAUUUCUUCAUUUCCGAACCUUCCAAAUGCCUGGAGUUGCGAGCCAAAGAUGAUAGGAAGAAUUGUAUCCCUUAUAGGCCAUUGCAGAACUCACCAAUGGACUGCAAGUCUUUCUAUGCACAUCCAGUUGAUUGUAGUGUUUCUGGGUGCUCACCGCCGCCCCUGCCGCCGCCUGUGCAUCACUGGCCAUGAGGUGCAUGAUGAUGUCACCACCGGUGCUCCGGUGUUAAA